AUGUCAGCCAACACCGACUCUGCUUCCCAGGACGUACCCUCAGUUUCUUCUCCGGGUGCCGAGCCUGUUUCUAAACCCAAAGGCUUGACCAAGGGAUCUGUGGAGCCACGACCCGCACCAACAGCUGAGCCUGCGACAUCGGGUGAUGUUUUACCUGAGGCGGCGCUUUUGGUGAAGAGGCCUAGAAGGUUCGAAAUAACCUUGGAAAUCGAGCCUUCCCAAAGGGUUGAAACGGCCCUAGAAGUUGAAGUUACCACGGCAACCGACCCGUCGUCUAGUACCGACCCAGCUACUGCGACUGAGGUACUUCCAACUACUGACACUGCUAGAGCUGUUCCGGCUUCUUCUCCUGCUCCUUCAUCGAGGCCGGAUAACCUCGAUAAUAUGCUUGCCAAUACUCCUCCUGCCACGGUCGAAGCCUCGGGUUUCAGUCAUCUUCAUAUUCCACGAUCUCCAACCGGUCAAGAAAAGGAGGACCAGCUGAGCCGGGCAGUCCCUCCUCCGAACCUUCAAUCCGAGCUUGAGGCAGCUAAAGCUGAUAACCUCCAUUUAAAGGCUAAACUUGAUGAUGCGGCUCGGCGAUUUGAGGCUACUAUCGCCCAGCGUCGAGGUGAGCUUAACUCGGUUAAGGCUGAUGCCGAGAAAGCGGUAGAAAAAUUUCACCAGCUCGAAGUCGAGAGAGCCACCGAGAAAGAGAAGCUGAGGGUAUUUGAGGAGAAAGCCGAGACUCGGGCUCAGACCGUUGAUAAACUUAAGAGCAAGCUCGAGGAGGCUACUGCAGCCAAUGAUCUUCUUCAGACCGAGCUUGAAUCCGUCAACCAAGUUCAAAUCACUCUACUUCAGGCGAAGUUCAAAUUGGAAGAGAACCUGCAAAAAGCUGAGGCCGAUCUGGAAGAAUCUCUCAAAGAUAUGGAGGCUGCCGAGGCUCACACUAUGCUUUCGAUUGAGUAUGAACGUUGGAAAUCCCGGUGA